AUGGAUGGGACAAUGUUUAAGAGUGCCACCCUGGUUGAGGGGGAGAGGCAGCCGAGGAAAGUCAGAUUUCGAAUCGCAUCUUCUCAUAGUGGGAGAAUUCUGAAGGAGGUGUACACAGAUGGAGAAACCUCUGAUUCUCUGGAUUCUGAAUGCACCAGCAGCUCGGAAACGGACCCCAACAGCCACGCAAGUGAAUCGGAUGGACAGAAUAAUGGAAAUCUAGGCUCUGAAUGUGAUGAAAAUGAGACUGAUGAUAUGUUCACUUUUGUGAGAGUCACCAAAGAAAGGGGAUUUGGCACUAAAAGAGUCAACAUCCUCAGCAAAAAUGGAACAGUGAGAGGAAUCAAGCAUAAAGUCAGUGCCGGCCAGGUCCUCUUUGACAAUUUAAGCAAAGUCUUUGAGAUAUCAUCUGUUUGGGAAUAUGGACGCAUAGUAAUUUACACCACCAGCCUUCGUGUGGUAAGAACAACUUUUGAAAGAUGUGAGUUAGUUCGAAAGAUUUUCCAGAACCACAGAGUGAAAUUUGAAGAGAAAAACAUUGCAUUGAAUAGUGACUAUGGGAAAGAACUCGAUAAGAGAUGCAGAAGGCUUGGGGAAAUUCCAUCUGUUCCUGUUGUGUUUAUUGAAGGCCAGUAUCUGGGGGGCGCUGAGAAAAUUUUGUCAAUGAAUGAAUCAGGGGAACUGCAGGACCUCUUAACCAAAAUUGAGAGAGUUCAACACCCCCAUGAAUGCCUCUCCUGUGGGGGCUUUGGUUUCCUUCCGUGCUCGAUGUGCCAUGGGAGCAAGAUGUCCAUGUUUCGGAACUGUUUUACAGACUCCUUCAAAGCCCUCAAGUGCACAGCUUGCAACGAGAACGGGUUGCAGCGCUGCAAGAACUGUGUGAGCUAAGGAUGGCAUCUUGUCUCAUGCAGACUCAGACCCACACACACAACCUCAUUUUAUU